UCCAGGUCGCAUCUGGUAGGCUCAUCCUAGACUGCUAUGAGUCAGCCACCGUCCGGGGGCGCUGCCCCAGCUGCAACCUCAGCUUCUGCCGCCGCCGCCGCCGCCACGGAGGCUCGCUUGCACCCGGAGGGCAGCAGCAGAAAGCAGCAAAGGGCUCAGUCACCUGCUAGGCCGAGGGACAAUUCUUUCCGACAGACCUCGGCGGCCACGCGGUCCCCGCUUGGGGUCGGCACUAAACUCAAUUCCGUUCGGCAGCAGCAGCUGCAGCAGCAGCAGCAACAGCAGGGUAACAAGAUAACCGGUCGCGGCACCUCUGGGGCGGGCUCCAGAGGAUGCGGAGGCGGGGCGGAGAAGACGCCUGUGGUACCCAAAGGGGCUGCUUCAGGAGCCGUCCAGACUGCGCCUGGUGCUGAAGGGGCCCCCGCGGCGAGCUUGGCCUCUGUGAGCUGCAGGAGGCCGGGACCGCCGGAGGAGACUCCCCGGGAGAUAGAAUCGGUGCCCUCGAAAGUCGGGGAACCCCCUCCACUAGGGGGAGGAGGAGGGGGCGGGGAAGGAGGAGGAGCCGCCGGCGGCCCGGGGGACCGGGAGGGGGGCGCUCCGCAGCCGCCGCCGCCCAGGGUUUGGAGAGCGAAAGGCGUUCGCGCAUCGCAGAGGGGUAGCAGCGGCGGGGAGGGGGUGUCCCCUUCGCCACACACCUCUGCUUCAAGCAGAGCCCCCGGCCCGGGCAGCAGAAACUCUGGAAGCGGCAUCGCAGGGGGCGGCAGCGGCGGUGGAGGGAGCUACUGGAAGGAGGGAUGUCUGCAGUCUGAGCUCAUCCAGUUCCAUCUCAAGAAGGAGCGGGCGGCAGCGGCGGCCGCCGCGGCUCAGAUGCACACUAAAAACGGUGGCGGUGGCAGCCGCAGCUCUCCGGUCGCCGGCACCCCUGCCAUCUGUGAGCCCCUUGUGGUCCCCUCCUCCUCCCCAAUGGCGGCCGCCGCGGAAGGCCCCCAACAGAGCGCAGAGAGUAGCGGCAGCGGCGGGGCCAUGCAGGCAGCGGCUCCCCCUUCAUCGCAGUCCCACCCGCAGCAGAUUCAGGAGCAGGAAGAUAUGCAGGAAGAGAUGGAGAAGCUGCGGGAGGAGAAUGAGACUCUCAAGAACGAGAUCGAUGAGCUGAGGACCGAGAUGGACGAGAUGAGGGAUACUUUCUUCGAGGAAGACGCUUGUCAGCUGCAGGAGAUGCGCCAUGAGUUGGAGAGAGCCAACAAAAACUGUCGGAUCCUGCAGUACCGCCUCCGCAAAGCUGAGCGCAAAAGGCUCCGUUAUGCACAGACUGGAGAAAUUGAUGGCGAGCUGUUGCGCAGCCUGGAGCAGGACCUCAAGGUUGCAAAGGAUGUGUCUGUGAGACUUCACCAUGAGUUGGAAAAUGUGGAAGAAAAAAGAACAACAACAGAAGAUGAAAAUGAGAAACUGAGACAGCAACUUAUAGAGGUUGAAAUUGCAAAGCAAGCCUUACAGAAUGAACUGGAAAAGAUGAAGGAGUUAUCCUUAAAAAGAAGAGGAAGUAAAGAUUUGCCAAAAUCUGAAAAAAAGGCUCAACAGACACCCACAGAGGAGGAUAACGAGGACUUGAAGUGCCAGCUGCAGUUCGUUAAGGAAGAGGCUGCCCUGAUGAGAAAAAAAAUGGCCAAGAUCGACAAAGAAAAGGACAGAUUUGAGCACGAACUCCAGAAGUACAGAUCCUUCUAUGGGGAUCUGGACAGUCCUCUACCCAAGGGAGAAGCUGGGGGACCUCCCAGCACCAGGGAGGCUGAGCUCAAGCUGCGGCUGCGGCUGGUGGAGGAAGAGGCCAACAUCCUGGGCAGGAAAAUAGUGGAACUCGAGGUGGAGAACCGAGGCCUGAAGGCAGAACUGGACGACCUGCGAGGCGACGACUUCAAUGGCUCGGCCAACCCCCUCAUGAGGGAGCAGAGCGAGUCCUUGUCGGAGCUGCGACAGCACCUGCAGCUGGUGGAAGACGAGACCGAGUUGCUGCGGAGGAACGUGGCUGACCUUGAGGAGCAGAACAAGCGCAUCACUGCCGAGCUCAACAAGUACAAGUACAAAUCCAGCGGCCAUGACAGCUCCAGGCACCAUGACAGCGCCAAGACCGAGGCCCUGCAGGAGGAGCUGAAGGCGGCGCGCCUGCAGAUCAACGAGUUGAGCGGCAAGGUCAUGCAGCUGCAGUACGAGAACCGCGUGCUCAUGUCCAACAUGCAGCGCUACGACCUGGCCUCACACCUGGGUAUCCGUGGCAGCCCCCGUGACAGCGACGCCGAGAGCGAUGCCGGCAAGAAGGAGAGCGACGAUGACUCCCGGCCUCCCCACCGCAAGCGCGAAGGGCCUAUUGGCGGGGAGAGCGACUCCGAGGAGGUGCGGAACAUCCGCUCCCUCACGCCCACCCGCUCCUUCUACCCCGCACCCGGGCCCUGGCCCAAGAGCUUCUCCGAUCGACAGCAGAUGAAGGACAUCCGCUCCGAGGCCGAGCGCCUGGGAAAGACCAUCGAUCGGCUCAUCGCUGACACGAGCACUAUCAUCACUGAGGCGCGCAUCUACGUGGCCAACGGGGACCUGUUCGGACUCAUGGACGAGGAAGACGAUGGCAGCCGCAUCCGCGAACACGAGCUGCUCUACCGCAUCAACGCGCAGAUGAAGGCUUUCCGCAAGGAGCUGCAGACCUUCAUCGACCGCCUGGAGGUACCCAAGUCUGCGGAUGAUCGCGGCGCCGAGGAGCCCAUAUCCGUGAGUCAGAUGUUCCAGCCCAUCAUUUUACUUAUUCUCAUCCUUGUAUUAUUUUCAUCACUUUCUUACACAACAAUAUUUAAACUUGUCUUCCUUUUUACGCUGUUUUUUGUCCUGUAAAUUCUUCAUCAUUUACCAUUUGUUGUAGUGUUUUUAGUUGUUUUAUUCUGUCCACCCUUCAAGACAAGACAUACAAGAAGUAUCAUUUUUGUAGUAACCGAUGCUGUAAAAACACUGAAGACUGCAUAUCUCUGUAAAAAGACACAACUCAUCUUACACUGUCAAAUUCAAUAGAAAAACCCCAACGACCAAAAGAUUUCAGGUAAGGAAAACAAAGUGUAGCAGAU